GUCUCGUACUGUGAGCAGCACCUCCAGCCUCACUAUGAAUCUCCUGCCUUUAAAAAACACAAACUGGUUGAAGCUUCACCAAAGCUUCAAGAGAACAUCUGCACUCGUCACAAUGAGGUAAUGAAGAUUUUCUGCCGCACUGAUCAGCGGUGUAUCUGUUAUCUCUGCUCCAUGGAUGAACAUAAAGGCCACAACAUGGUCUCAGCUGCAGCAGAAAUGGCUGAGAAGCAGAAAGAGCUCGGGGCGAGUCGACAAAAGAUCCUGCAGAGAAUCCAGAGCAGAGAGAAAGAUGUGAGGGUGCUUCAGCGGGAAGAGAAGGUGAUAAGUCACUCUGCUGAUAAAGCUGUGGAGGACAGUAAGAAGAUGUCUGCAGAGUUAAUCCGUCUCAUUAAGAAAAGAAGCUCUGAUGUGAAGCAGCAGAUCAGAUCCCGACAAGAAGCUGAAGUCAGUCGGGUCAAAACGCUUCAGGUGAAGCUGAAGCAGGAGUUAGACGGGCUGAGGAGGAACAAUGCUGAGCUGGAAAAACUCUUACACACAGAGGACCACACCCUGUUUCUACAGAACUACGUCUCACUGUCAAAUCUGGCUGACUCUGAAGACUCAUCCAGCAUCAAUAACCGUCCUGUACAAUAUUUUGAGGAUGUGACUGUGGCUGUGUCAAAGGGCAGAGAAAAACUACAGGACACUCUUGGGGUUAUAUGGAACUCAAUCUCACAGAAAGUGAUUAAUGUAGAUGUUUUACUGCCACAAAAUCCCCAGACAAGAGCUGAUUUUUCACUAUAUGCACUUGACAAGGAUUAUUUCAGACUUGAUCGAAACACAGCUAGCAUGCAAAUAUUAUUAUCGGAAGAGAACUGCAAAGCAACAUGUAUGAAAGAUGAGCAGUCGUAUCCUAAUCACCCAGAGAGAUUCAUGGGCAAGUCUCAGGUUCUGUGUAGACAACCUCUGAUGAUUGGACAUCAUUACUGGGAAGUUGAGUGGAGUGGUUUAGGAGUUUCUAUAGCAGUUGCAUACAGGGACAUUGCCAGAACAGGACCCAAAAGUAAAUUUGGAGAUAAUGACAAGUCCUGGGCAUUAGAGUGUGUGAAAAAAAAUGAUUUGAUCAUUUAUGAUUUUAAACAUAACAGCCACAAAAAGUCCAUCACAAAACCUCCGUCCUCAAAAAUAGGAGUGUACCUGAGUCACAGGGCAGGUAUGCUGUGUUUCUACAGCGUGUCUGGCACUACGAUGACUCUCCUCCACAGAGUCCAGACCACAUUCACUCAGCCUCUCCAUGCUGGACUCGGUGUUUAUUAUUAUGGAGCUGCAGCUGAAUUUUGUGACGUCAAGUAGACAAGAGUUAGUGGAUUUUUUUU